AUGAAUUCAUUCAACUCUGCUCUCGGGAAAAACAUCACUUUUGUGCGUCCUGCUUAUUUCAUAAUAAGUGGUUUCUCAGGCAUUCCUAAUAUCAAGUAUUACUAUGUCUUCCUGUGUUUUGUUUAUGUUGUUUCAGUGCUUGGAAAUACAGUUGUGAUGGCAGUAAUAUACUUGGAUCCUAAUCUGAGAACUCCUAAAUAUAUUGCAGUUUUUAAUUUAGCAUUUGUGGACUUGUUGGGUAGCUCUGCGCUGGUGCCGAAGCUUCUUGACAUCUUUCUGUUUAACCAUCCCUACAUCUCCUACAACGACUGCUUGACGUUUCUUUUUUUCUGCUACACCUUCCUUUUCAUGCAGGUUCUUAAUCUGGUUGCACUCUCCUAUGACAGAUUAAUUGCCAUCAUGGACCCUCUGCACUAUCAAGUGAAGGUGACCCACAGGUUCAUGCUGUCUUUGAUUGCCUCUUUCUGGGUGUUUGCUGUAAUUGCUAUUCUCAUUACAGUUGGUCUUCUUACCAGACUUUCCUUCUGCAGGUUUGUGGUUAUUAACAGUUAUUUCUGUGACCACGGCCUGAUGUUCAGGAUGGCCUGCAAUGACUACACACCCAGCUUUGUCCUUGGUUUGUUUUUAAUAGUUCUGUUUUUUAUAUUUCCACUGGCUUUCAUCGUGUUAAGUUAUGUAUGUAUUGGUUAUGCUUUGUCUAAAGUGGCCACAGCUCAGGAAAGAUACAAGUCCUUUAGAACCUGCACAGCUCAUAUUUCACUAGUGGCAAUCUAUUUCAUCCCAAUAUUAAUCACAUUUAGUACUCAGAGUUCAGGAAUACAUCCAAAUGUCAGGAUCAUAAACCUUUCUCUGACCUCUUUUUUUCCUCCCAUGCUGAACCCAAUCAUUUAUGUUCUACAGACACAAGAAAUCAAAGUAUCAGUGAAAAAAAUAUUAAAAGUCAGAAUUCAAUCCAAAGUGAAGGUGAGGAAAGUUAUCCUAAAAUAA